AUACACACUUUGUGCAAGAAACAAUAGAUCCCUUUUCUUAUUGCUCUAAGAGAUCGAAAGUAAUUUAUUGUCGUGAAAAUUUAUUGGAUUUUUACUGCCUUGAAUUAAUAUAGCCUUAUAUUUUAUUUCCUUGGCUGGAAAAAGUGUUUCUCGGGAUUAUUUUGUGUAUUCAGCAUGAACAUUUUUGAUGUGAGAAAUAAAGUUGUGUAUUUUUCAGUGAAACAAACGUGACUUUAUGGAUUUAUGUUUUAACAUCUCGGACAUCCCAGAAUUGGAUUUAAGAAAUUAUUGAUGGAUUACCGGUAUUUUUGACAUUUCUCAAAUGGAGUCUGUGAUAAAAGCGUUAAAAAGCUAGCCUAGCAAAACUUCAUAAAUAUAAUACCAAUGGAAAUAUUGAAAUAGCAGAAUAUAUAGAUAUUGUACAGGUAGAUGAUAUGUAAUGACACAGCUGAUGUGACAAUUAUACAUCCAAAAAUAACAGUGAAUAACAAUGAACGGGCUAAAAUCCAACAUUGGAGGAAAGAACAGCAGACAAAUGCAGCAGGGUGCAGGUAUACCCACACUGAGGAUUCAGGCAGACACCCCUGUUCCGCGGUCAAGCGGUAACACGCCUGUCCCCGGUAAAACAGACAAAGUCCAGCUCCCGGCUUUGUCAACGACACCACGCAUCGUACAGCAAGGCAAGCCUUGCUCUCAAACUACUCCACGCAUCCCUCACCCAAAUCAAGUCAACAACUUCUAUCGCUAUGGAAACAACAAAAAUGAUCUCAAUGGACUCGGACCAAUGUGUUUUGGAAUCAAUCAAAGGAAGGACAGGAGUAACAUGGGUCACAACGUUUCGUGCAUGCAGCAGCCACAGAACUCUAACCUCCACAUCCCAAACAGGAGCCUGGAGAACGCCACCCCAACUCCUAGUGAAGUGUCCGACAUUAUCACCCCCAGGAAUGGGGACAUGACCCCCAAAGUGGAGCCUGGGACUGCACCUUACCACAACGGGACAAACAAUGACAAGCAUGUGUUUCUGGAGCCCCUGCCGGUCACCAAGCAAGAGUGGAACCCGUACAAACCGCUGGGCCACAUUCAAAACUCCAUUCAUGGUUCUGUCCAUGGGAGUGAGGCAGACAGAAAUUCCCUGUCCCAGGGGAUGAACAGUGCCGCCACUGUGUCCCUGUCUCCAUACCCGAACAUGGAGACUUCUCCUUCCGGAUCACAGUACACAAGUCCGCGUUACUCGGCUAACAGAAAUCACGGCACAAAGCGGGCCCUGUCCAUCUCGCCGAUUGGAUCCGAUGGUAUGGACCUGUACUCGCUGAUCAGGACCUCCCCCACCUCCCUGGUGGCCUACAUUAACGGAUCCAGGAGUUCCUCCACCAGUGCCUCCCCCCAGCCAGGGUUACAGCAUGGACACUUUGGACAUCUCAUCGCUCACCGGACGCAGAGGUGCAGCACUGGAAGCCCUUACUCGGGCUCCGGCUCCUCCAAGAACCGCAUGAAUCAAACUCCCAUGAGCUCUGGAUCUGGCUACAAGAGGGAGACAGAGGUGGGGCUCCAUGAGAAUCUGUCGGACAUAUUCCCGGAUAUCGUUAAAAACCAAGUGGUCGUCCAACAGAGUGAAAUUCCAUUCCUGGAGCAACGUGCCAUGCAGGAUAUGCAGAUGUACCAUGGGCCUCGGUCCACUACUUCUGCAAAUUAUCCCCCUCCCACAUACAAUCAGGCAGUCAGCCAGCAACCAACCCCCAUCAGCAUGAUGCCUCCACCCCCACAGCCAAGCAUGCCCCCACCCUCGUGCAUGACGGUUCCCCCUCAGCCUUUGGCUCAGCACAACACAAAUUCUGCAAACAUGAUGAACAAUAAUAACCCUCUUAUGAGUGAGAACAGUUACCUAGGCAACAACAUUCCUCCAACUGAGGAUGGAGAAGUGGAUGAAAAUGGAGAAAAACAGAAUAUAUGCAAAUGGAUUGAUUGUAAUCAGGUGUUUAAGGAACAGGAGGACUUAGUUCGCCACCUUGAAAAAGCCCAUAUUGACCAGCGGAAGGGUGAGGAUUUUACGUGUUUCUGGUCCGGUUGUCAGCGGAGAUAUAAACCGUUUAACGCCAGAUAUAAACUCCUCAUCCAUAUGAGGGUGCACUCAGGAGAGAAACCCAACAAGUGCACGUUUGAAGGAUGUACAAAAGCGUUCUCACGAUUGGAAAAUCUUAAAAUCCACCUCCGAUCUCAUACGGGUGAGCGUCCUUACAUUUGUCAACACGCGGGUUGUGCCAAGGCAUUCUCCAACUCAUCAGACCGGGCUAAGCAUCAACGCACGCAUCUUGAUACGAAACCUUAUGCUUGUCAAGUUGCCGGAUGUACGAAGAGAUACACAGAUCCGAGCUCGCUACGCAAGCACGUCAAAAAUCACAAUCAAAAGGACGGGUCGGUGAAGAAAAAGCUGAAGAAAGAAACGGACAUGGGAGGCGUAAUGUUGAACGACUGUCUCCAAGUCCAGCAGAUGCAGCUUGAACAGAUGCAGCAAACUCCCCCGGAGACUGUGGACAUGAGGGGCCUCGUGACAGGCCCCACCACCGACCUCUACUCAGUGGGGGUUAACUACAACAGCGGAAAUACCUCAGCCAAUCAGUCUCCAGGACCAGUGAUGCAGCAACAGAACAGCCCACUUAAUACCUCCGGUGGACUCAGCGCCGUGGAGGAAGAAAGAUUUGGGACGUUUUCACCAGCCCCUCCCUCCUCCCAGAACUACAAUACCUCACGUCGACACUUCAUCCCCAUGCGGACAGGAAUGCCCCCAGUCAUGCGGGCACAAAUGCAUCAACAAAUGUAUCCCAAUGCAUACCAACAGUAUAUUCAGGAACAAGAUGGACAGUAUCAGUAUCGUAAUAACAUGUACGACCCUGCAAAUUAUGACAAUAUGCACCGAAUUGGAGGAGGUAUUGAGGGUCUCCCUGAAGACUUCAACAUGUCCCUCCCAUGCGCUGCUGAGGAGCAGCAGACCCAGCAGUACUUACAACACACAGCCAUCGACCGCUGCAACAGUCGCCUGUCCGCCAUUUAUGCCGACGGCACUACCUAGUGACGCAUAUUGGUCCCCAUCAUCUGUGAUAAUAGUUUUACUGUAUGUUACGCAAUCCAGCAAAAUAGCAACAGUUUUUAUUUUCCCUGUGUGUACGACGUAACAAAUACGCUGUGAAUUUCAUAGACUACACAAGAUUCGACAUUUUUAACACUACACAAAGCGUAGUUUUUAGCAACUUAUGUAUUGUGGCAAUAACUCCUUAUCGUGUUAAGUGCUACCCUCCUGGUUUCCACAGAAGUGCUAUGUUUUGUACUUGUUGCCCUCCUCUUGUAAAUCAUCCGAGUCGCUGGACUGACCGCUCUAUAUAUCCUCAUCAUACAGUUAUCAUCAUUCGUUUUGUAACACAGAAGUAUAGGCAGUACCUAACAUUUGUUUUGGUUUUCAUAUCAGUAGUUAGACAAAUACAUAUGUAUUUUUGAUUCAUUGAACUGAGGUUGAUUUUUAAAAAUUUUUUACACUUAUUUUAAGUCCGUCCUGCAGUUUUAUGGAAUUUUUUCUGUGAUCCGUCCUUUGAGCAGUAUUAUCUCCCUUUGUUCUUAGUGCUGGUUGUUUAUUACACAGUAUUAGAUUGUGUUACUUGCAUUCUGUAGUACAGGUGUACUCAUUACAGUACAGCUGUACUCAUUACAGUACGGCUGUACUCAUUACAGUACAGGUGUAACCAAAUGUUAAGCCCUUGUCCAUUAUAUCACACAGUUGUGUCAAGAUGUUUAAUGCUGUACUUAACAAUACAAAUAAUCAGAGUUCAGAAAGUAGAGAAAUAUAUUUUAAACGCUCACUCCAUGUGUAGUAUCUGUAGCUUUAACACGGUUUCAUUUUUCUGUGUGUUAUUGACUUCUUUGAUUUUUUUUCUCUAUCACAACAUCACUUUUCUUCCUUCUUUGUAUUAACAUAAUAUGUGCCAAUCAAAUGUGGUAUUUAUUUUUGAUUGUUUGAAUAUCACACACAGAGUCGGUUGCCCCAGUGCUCCCAUCUUAUUUAUGAUAUAUAGAAUAUUUAUUUUGUUAUCAUCAUCUUAUAGCUGUGAUCAUCUUUUCAACAUCCAGUUGUGUCCCCUGCCAAAGAAAUCAUUCACAUCCUGAAACAAGUCACUAUCCAUUGUUUUGGCACAUUGCCAAUCCGUCCAGAUCAAAAUGGCUGACAGUUUUGGUGUCAACCAUGUAAAUAGCAUGUAAUAAUCAUAGUUAUGCUUGUGUUAUAAUCCCCUUGCCAAAGCCUUGAUUUUUGGGAACCCUAAUUUAUACAUGUAUAAACUAAAUGAAGACCUUAGAGCAAUCUUUUUAUUUUACAUCAUAUAUGUUUAUGAUUUUGUUUUGGUUUGAUUUUUUAUUAUUAUUUUUUUUGGUAAUUGCAAGUGUAACCAAAACAUUCCAAAUUAAACUACGCGUCUUGAAUUGUUUCCCCCACAUGUUUGUGAAUAUCCCAUCAUGUUUUAUGAUUUGAGUUGCUAGGUUACUAGAUUCAUUUAUUGGCCAGUCACCUUUGGAGCACGACCAUUCUUCACUGGCGACAUAUAUACCAGGCGGUAUAUAAUGGAUUAUACUGCACGCGUGCUGCUCUGAACUAUAUAUAACAGCUUCUAGUUGUGUAUAUUUAUUUGUAGACAUCAACCACAGUGAUUUUGAUCCAUUGAAAAAAAAAAAAACUUUUAUUUUUUGACCUCAGCAAUUAUUUAGAAUGGUAUUACAAACCACCUGGUGUGGUUAUGUUGAAUAAAAUUUGAACAGGAGUACAAUAUUAUCUUAGUGGCUACUUAUGAACAUUCCACACAAUUUCUAGGACGCAGCUUCAGGUGUGAACAACUCUGACUUGUUACUGUGUUAUUUGAUUUGUUUAAAUUUUGGUUUAUUUGUAUAAUUUGCUUUUUUUUAAGUAAAUGCUUUUAUUGACUAGCUUUGGAGAUUUUUACAAGUACAUUCUAUUUGUUGUAUUGUUGGUUUUGACAUCAAAGGGAGACUACUUGGACUUGAGGAAAACAUUGAAGAGUAUUUUGUUUUUAUAAUGACUCCUUCUUUCUUCUCUUGCUUUUCGUAAUCAACUUCCAAGUCUUUAUUUGGAAAGAAAAGUCUGCUCUUCAGGCUAUAACAGAAUGCAAACAGCAACUGCAUGCAACAUAGCAAGAGAUGAUAAAGAGGGAUAAAAAUUGUUGAACUCAAGUCCCAAGUGGAAAGGAAAAAGCUUUUCAAUUGGCAUAAAACAAGACCAAGCACCUAACACUUUAAAGUUUUAGGAACAGGGUCUGUGUUUGCAUGCAGGAACCCCUUGCUGGGCUCCAAGGGGGUCACAUUAUGGAGGCCCAAAAAGGGGUCUCGUGAAGCCAAAACACUGUUGUAAUUUGGAAUCAAAAGAUUGUAGCAUGCAUAUAAAAAUGUUUCUUGUUUAAAGUGCCUUAUUUGGAUGUCAGCUUAUAUUCUGUUAUUUGUUGUUCAUUAAAUGGUCCUGGAAAUUGUA